CGGCGGCCGCGCGGUGUGGCAGAGCGAAGCUGAGGAGUCCGGCGCUCGCCGCCAGGGGCCUGGGCUGUCCCGAGCCGGAAUCCAGAUCUUACAUAAGAUGGAAGUCUCUCACACUAGAUACUGAACAUUAAAUAGAAAAUCUAUUUAGUAAAAUCUAAGUUGCCAUGGAAGAAAUACCAGUAAAAGUUGCUGUAAGAAUUAGACCUCUGCUUUGCAAAGAAGUUCUUCAUAAUCAUCAAGUUUGUGUGAGAGUUAUUCCAAACAGCCAGCAAGUUAUCAUUGGGAGAGAUAGAGUCUUCACUUUUGAUUUUGUUUUUGGCAAAAAUUCCACUCAAGAUGAAGUUUAUAAUACAUGUAUAAAGCCCCUAGUGUUGUCACUCAUUGAGGGGUAUAAUGCAACUGUUUUUGCCUAUGGACAAACUGGAUCUGGGAAGACAUACACCAUUGGAGGAGGCCAUAUUGCUUCAGUUGUGGAGGGCCAAAAGGGUAUCAUUCCUCGAGCUAUUCAAGAAAUAUUUCAAAGCAUCUCUGAACAUCCUAGCAUUGACUUUAAUGUGAAAGUAUCUUAUAUAGAAGUGUACAAGGAAGACCUAAGAGAUCUUCUAGAAUUGGAGACAUCCAUGAAGGAUCUUCACAUCCGAGAAGAUGAAAAAGGAAACACAGUGAUUGUUGGGGCCAAGGAAUGCCAUGUGGAGAGUGCAGAUGAAGUGAUGAGUCUUUUGGAGAUGGGGAAUGCAGCCAGACAUACAGGUACCACUCAAAUGAAUGAGCACUCCAGCAGAUCACAUGCAAUUUUUACAAUCAGCAUUUGUCAAGUUCAUAAAAAUAUGGAGGCAGCUGAAGAUGGAUCAUGGUAUUCCCCUCGGCAUAUUGUCUCAAAGUUCCACUUUGUGGAUUUGGCAGGAUCAGAAAGAGUAACCAAAACGGGGAAUACUGGUGAACGGUUCAAAGAAUCCAUUCAAAUCAAUAGUGGAUUGCUGGCUUUAGGAAAUGUAAUAAGCGCUCUUGGGGACCCACGCAGGAAGAGUUCACAUAUUCCAUAUAGGGAUGCUAAAAUUACCCGGCUUCUGAAAGAUUCUCUGGGAGGCAGUGCUAAGACUGUCAUGAUCACAUGUGUCAGCCCCUCCUCCUCGAAUUUUGAUGAGUCCUUAAAUUCUCUCAAAUAUGCCAACAGAGCACGGAACAUUAGAAACAAACCCACUGUAAACUUCAGCCCCGAGUCAGACCGUACAGAUGAAAUGGAAUUUGAGAUUAAAUUGCUUCGAGAAGCUUUGCAAAGCCAGCAGGCUGGUGUCAGCCAAACUAGCCAGAUCCAUCGAGAAGGGAGUCCUGAUACAAAUAGGAUUCAUUCUCUUGAGGAGCAAGUAGCUCAGCUUCAAGGAGAAUGUCUGGGUUACCAAUGUUGUGUAGAAGAAGCCUUUACCUUCCUCGUUGACCUAAAAGAUACUGUCAGACUAAACCAAAAGCAGCAACACAAACUGCAGGAGUGGUUUAACAUGAUCCAAGAGGUCAGGAAGGCUGUCCUCACCUCAUUUCGAGGAAUCAGAGGCACUGCAAGUCUGGAAGAAGGACCACAGCAUGUUACAGUUCUCCAGCUGAAGAGAGAGCUUAAGAAAUGCCAGUGUGCACUUGCUGCUGAUGAAGUAGUAUUUAAUCAGAAGGAACUGGAGGUUAAGGAACUGAAGAAUCAAGUGCAGAUGAUGGUACAGGAAAACAAAGGGCAUGCUGUAUCUUUGAAAGAAGCACAAAAAGUGAAUAGACUGCAGAAUGAAAAAAUAAUAGAACAACAACUUCUUGUGGAUCAACUGAGUGAAGAACUAACAAAACUUAACCCGUCAGUGACUUCUUCAGCUAAAGAAAAUUGUGGAGAUGGGCCAGAUGCCAGGAUCCCUGAAAGGAGACCAUAUACUGUACCAUUUGAUACUCAUUUGGGGCAUUAUGUUUAUAUCCCAUCAAGACAAGAUUCCAGGAAGGUCCACACAAGUCCGCCUAUGUACUCUUUGGAUCGAAUAUUUGCUGGAUUUCGAACACGAAGUCAGAUGCUGUUGGGUCACAUAGAAGAACAAGAUGAGGUCCUCCACUGCCAAUUUUCUGAUAACAGUGAUGAUGAAGAAUCAGAAGGCCAAGAGAAAUCUGAAACUAGAUGUAGAAGUCGUUCAUGGAUUCAGAAGCCAGACUCUGUUUGUUCCCUUGUUGAAUUGAGUGAUACUCAGGAUGAAACACCAAAUUUGGAGAAUGAAGGUUUAAAGAUUGAUUGUCUCCAGGAGAGUCAAGAAUUGAAUUUGCAAAAAUUAAAGAAUUCAGAACGCAUACUUACUGAAGCUAAACAAAGAAUGAGAGAACUUACAAUUAACAUCAAGAUGAAGGAAGACCUGAUUAAAGAAUUAAUAAAAACAGGUAAUGAUGCCAAGUCUGUAAGCAAGCAGUAUUCUUUGAAAGUAACAAAGCUAGAGCAUGAUGCAGAACAGGCAAAAGUCGAACUAACUGAAACACAAAAGCAGCUACAGGAGCUGGAAAACAAAGAUCUUUCUGAUGUUGCAAUGAAGGUAAAAUUACAGAAAGAGUUUCGUAAAAAGAUGGAUGCUGCAAAGCUGAGAGUUCAGGUCUUACAGAAGAAGCAACAAGAUAGUAAGAAACUGGCAUCACUGUCAAUCCAAAAUGAGAAACGUGCUAAUGAACUAGAGCAGAGUGUAGAUCACAUGAAGUAUCAAAAGAUACAGCUACAAAGAAAACUACGAGAAGAAAAUGAAAAAAGGAAGCAACUGGAUGCAGUAAUUAAGCGGGACCAGCAAAAAAUCAAAGAACUACAAUUAAAAACAGGACAGGAAGAAGGUCUAAAACUGAAAGCUGAGGACCUUGAUGCAUGUAACUUGAAAAGGAGAAAAGGUUCGUUUGGAAGUAUAGACCAUCUCCAGAAAUUGGAUGAGCAAAAGAAAUGGUUAGAUGAAGAAAUAGAGAAAGUUCUGAACCAACGCCAAGAAUUAGAGGAGCUGGAAGAAGACUUAAAGAAACGGGAGGCCAUAGUUUCUAAGAAGGAGGCUCUGUUACAGGAGAAGAGUCACCUGGAAAAUAAGAAAUUGAGAUCUAGUCAGGCCUUAAACACAGAUAGUUUGAAAAUAUCAACUCGCCUGAACUUAAUGGAAGAAGAGUUGUCUGAAAAGAAUGUGCAGCUCCAGACCAGUACAGCUGAGGAGAAAACAAAGAUUUCAGAACAAGUUGAAGUUCUCCAGAAAGAAAAGGAUCAGCUCCAGAAACGAAGACACAGUGUGGAUGAAAAACUUAAAAAUGGUAGAGUGUUAUCACCUGAAGAAGAACAUGUUCUUUUCCAACUUGAAGAAGGGAUUGAAGCUUUGGAAGCUGCAAUUGAAUACAAGAAUGAAAGUAUCCAGAAUCGCCAGAAGUCACUUAGAGCAUCAUUACAUAAUCUCUCUCGUAGUGAAGCAAAUGUCUUGGAAAAACUAGCUUGCCUGAGUCCUGUUGAGAUUAGAGCUAUUCUUUUCAGAUAUUUCAAUAAGGUGGUGAAUUUGCGAGAAGCUGAACGGAAACAACAGUUAUAUAAUGAAGAAAUGAAAAUGAAAGUUCUGGAACGGGAUAAUAUGGUUCGUGAAUUAGAAUCUGCACUGGACCAUUUAAAAUUGCAGUGUGACCGGAGACUGACCCUCCAGCAAAAGGAACACGAACAAAAGAUGCAGUUGCUGUUACAUCAUUUCAAAGAACAAGAUGGAGAAGGCAUUAUGGAAACUUUCAAAACAUAUGAAGAUAAAAUCCAGCAGUUGGAAAAAGAUCUUUAUUUCUAUAAGAAAACCAGCCGAGAUCAUAAGAAGAAACUUAAGGAACUGGUAGGGGAAGCAGUUCGGCGGCAACUAGCACCAUCAGAGUAUCAUGAGCCUGGAGAUGGAGUCCUGAAGCCAGAAGAAGGAGGCAUGCUUUCAGCCGAAUUAAAAUGGGCAUCCAGACCUGAAAGUAUGAAAUUAAGUGGAAGAGAAAGAGAAAUGGACAGUUCAGCAAGCAGCUUAAGAACACAGCCAAAUCCUCAAAAGCUCUGGGAAGAUAUCCCAGAAUUACCUCCAAUUCAUAGUUCUUUAGCACCCCCCAGUGGGCAUAUGUUAGGUAAUGAGAAUAAAACAGAAAUAGAUGAUAAUCAGUUUACAAAAUCUCACAAUCGACUGUCAUCCCAAAUUAAGGUUGUGGGAAAUGUGGGACAACUUCAUGGUGUUACACCUGUAAAACUGUGUCGAAAAGAAUUACGUCAGAUUUCCACCUUGGAACUAUCAUUGCGACGUUCCAGUCUUGGAGUCGGCAUUGGAUCAAUGGCUGCUGAUUCCAUCGAAGUAUCUAGGAAACCAAGGGACUUAAAAACUUAGACAUUUAAUAAUAGAACUUUUAGUAGAUAUGUAAAAAGAUUCCUUUUUCUAACCUGUUAAAAACUAAAGCUCAAGUUCACUACCUCUUUCCUCAGAAUAAAGGAAGAAGGGGAGGAAGAAAUCCCUAAUUCUUUUAUAUGCUAUAGAUGUGUACAUCUUCUAUAUAUAUUUGGGGAGUUUUAGUUUAUAUUCCCAUAGUAAUCAAACAUGUUUUCCAAUACUUGAUAACAUUUAAAUAUUUACAUUUAUAAAUAUGCUUAAAUGUUUUGCCAGGCAUAUUUGAAGAAUAAAAUGAGUAAUAGACUAAAAUAUCUAUCAAGUAUGUAUUAUU